CAUUGUUGCUGAUCACCUCUGAUCUCAUCAUCUUCACCGAUCACCACCAAACAGCCACUCUCUCUUCUCAAAACCACAGAAAACCUCUUGUAUUUCUUCUCUGUAACAGCCGCACAAAAGGGACAAAAUUUUCAGAAAUUUCCAGCUUGUGCUCCCGGUUGUCAACGUAUAUUUAGUACUUCUUACUAAAGCUUGAAUCACAGACCUUGGACUUUGUAUGGAGUAAGAAGAAGGUUUGCAGUCUUGAGGAUGGAAGUCACAAACAGGUAUAUCACCAUAAAGAAUAACAUAGAUGGUGUACCUCAACAUUCUGAUUUCGAGCUCAAGGCUGCAGAUUUUGUUCUAUCCCUGCAGCCUGGAUCCAAAGACGUUAUUGUGAAAAAUCUCUACAUGUCAGUUGAUCCUUACCAGAUCAAUCGCAUGAAGUCUUACAGUUCCACGCAGACGACCACCAGUUUUGGCUACGCAAACGCAAUCCAUCCUGGGGAAGCUAUUGAGGCUUAUGGUUUGGGGAAAGUUGUGGCUUCUGGGAAUCCUGAUUUUCAAAAGGAUGACUUGGUUGUGGGGUUUCUUAGUUGGGGAGAAUACUGUGUGAUAAAACCAGGAGGCAUGUUAAGCAAAUUGGAUCCAUUGGGAUUUCCUUUGUCUAACCAUGUGGGAACUCUAGGGAUCGCUGGACUGACAGCCUAUGCCGGAUUUUUCAAAGUAUGCAAGCCCAAGAAGGGGGAGAAAGUGUUUGUAUCUGCUGCAUCUGGUGCAGUCGGAAAUAUGGUUGGGCAGUAUGCAAAAUUGUUUGGUUGCUAUGUAGUUGGCUGUGCCGGAACCAAAGAGAAGGUAGUACUGCUUAAAGAAAAGCUCGGUUUUGAUGAUGCCUUCAACUACAAGGAAGAAACUGAUCUUAAAUCAACACUUGAAAGGUAUUUCCCUGAUGGAAUUGACAUAUACUUUGACAAUGUUGGAGGGGAGAUGCAAGAAGCAGCAGUUGACAGGAUGAACAUCUUUGGAAGGGUUGCGGUUUGCGGGGUGAUCUCGCAGUACACAGAUGAAAAGAUACAAGCUACACCAAAUAUGGUGGAUGUUGUAUACAAGAGAAUCACCAUUCAGGGGUUUUUAGCCGGCGAUUACCUGAAUUUAUUUCCUGAGUUCGUGUCCAGAACUUCUGAUCACCUUCGUGCGGGGAAAAUUCAGUCACUAGAAGACAUUUAUGACGGUGUAGAGAACAUCCCUUCAGCUUUUAUUAGCCUAUUUCAAGGUAAAAAUGUGGGGAAAAUAAUUGUUCGGGUAGCAAAGGAUUGAAGUGGGAGUAAACUCGCUUUUGCUUGAUAUACAGGACAUUCCAAACAAUCUCGCUCUUUUUCAUUUUACUUGCUUGAACGAUAAAGAGAAAAAUCCAGAAUCUAUUGAAUUUGAAAAUCAAAUUUGUAUGACUUUACCAAUAAAAGAAAUGUUGUUUGCAGAGGCUUGAAAGGGAGGAAAUCUCAUUCCAGCCGAUCAAACAAUGUUGCUACUUGUCCUUUCAUGUUACUAUCUUGCAAGAAAUAUUGGUUUGAUGA